AUGGGCCGUCGACGAAGAGACCGUACCCGGUUGACACAAUCAGAAUCGGCGCAGUCCAUAAGUCCCCGUGAACAACCCGCUCAAAAAAGCGAAACGCCAAAGGCCAACAGAUCAAGUGGUUUGUUCGAAAAUUUUUUAGGAUUUUCUUUUUUUUUCGUUUAUUUCGGAUUUGAACUUGCGUGGUAAUUUUUUUUUUAGCGAGAAUUGACUUAAAGGUUCUUGAGACAAGGGUUUGUUGUUGGAUAGUCAGUUUUAUUGCGCCUUUUGAAAGUUUGAGAUUUGGCAAAAAGUUUAGUGGAAGGAAAACUUUUAAAAAGCUUUUCUUACUUUUUCUCCUUUUUCAAUAUCUUUGAAAAUUAUGAUUCGAAUAAAUUCGAAACUUCAAAAGGCGUCAGAUUUUUGCUCGAGGUAAUUUCUGCGUACAGGAAACUUGGAUCUGGCUUUUCAUUAUCAAAAAUUAUUCUUGAAACUCAACAUUCUCGGCAACUUUGAUGACAUUACCAUGAGAGCUCUGAACACAUUUUUCAAUUUUUAGAGCUAUUUCGCGUUCGAAGCUCAGAUUCAAAGAUUCUUUUAGGGGCUGCUAAAAAUUCUUUUGUGGCUUCUGAUAUUUAUUUCGCAGCGUUUCCUUUCUCAACGUAGCUUUGAACGUCACAAUUAAUUUGGAUGCAGAAAAAGCUCAAUAGUCUGUUCAGAUCUUGAAUGUCAAGUCCAAUGACGUCAUUCAAAAAUGCCUCGUGGAAGGCUCGCUUUCUGAAUGGUUUAUCGCGCCAUUAGGGGCGGAGUUUGAGCGACGACUUGACAUUCAAAAUCCGAACAGACUGUAUGACUCAUAUUGGCGCAUUACACUGUCGCCGAUGGCCGAGGUCAGCGUUUCAGGCGGCGGACGUCGUUCGGACAGAAGCAGUCGGUUCGGCCGACAGGACGGCUUCACCAUAGCCGACGAAGACUUCCCGGAGCUGCCCGGCGCCCGCAAACAGCUCAGCAAUGAGAAGACGCGUGGCGUGCCCUCCGACGUUUCCCUUAUCCGAUCAAUUUUAAACGUGAUUUAUUUUAUUUUCAUUUUUCUCUCUCUCGUCAUUCAUUCCUUGCAAACAUUCCUACUGCAACUCGCCCCGCGUUCAUGAAAAGGGCCGAUACAAGCCGUCUUCGAGUACAUUUCCCUGUUCGUUCCCUUGUUUCUUCCCAAUAUUCUAGUUUUAUUAUUUGUGUGCCGUGUUAUUUUUCUGUCAGUUUACCACGCUUAUUAAAGGCAGUGCUACGGCGGUCGGUCAAUAAUGCGCCGUCAAUUUUUACCUUUUUUCUUUCUUGCAAUUCGUUAAGGACCUGUUACUUGAGGUUACGAGAUAAGUUAAGUCCCAAAAAGUACACUCAUUUUUUUAUUUUUAUUUCCGAGAAACUUAUCUAAACUACCGUAAUACGACUGGUCGCCUUAAACAGGUUCAAUUACGCUAAAUAUUUAAGCAGAAAAACAUGAUCGAUUUUUAUUUUUCGAAUUUUCAGCUUAACUCACCUAGCUUAUUUUUUUAUGACACAUUUGAAAAAUUUUUCUUCAAAACAAAUAUAAUUUCGAAUUUUUUUAGACAACUUUUUUUCGAAGGUUCAGAUUAUAUUCGAAAAGAAAAUUUCAGAAUCGAAUGACGGCAUGAAAAAGACAAGCCGAAAACUUCUAUUUUUUUAGUAUGUUUCUUUGAUUGAAUGAGCUUGUUUCUUUGUUGUGCGAGGAUCUUUGGAUAUUAGUCAUCUUUGUUUUUACGAUCUUUUCUAUUUUUAGCUUUUUCUCUGGUGGUAGCUUUAAAUCAUGAAGGUCACAGAUUCCAAAUACGAAUCUUAUUUUUAUCUUCUCAGAACACUUUUGUCUGACAGAGAAGUGAUUUUAUUUUGCGGUAGUUGUUUUCUUGAAAUUGCGCCAGACCAAUCCUUGAUGUGCCAGAUGAAGUUCCUGGAAGUCUAAACCUUUACAAGUUUUUUUAAUUCUGAAGAAAUUCCAAAGUCCCAAAAUGACUUAUUUUGAUGGAUUUCGAGGUUUUUUUUGACUGUGAGUCCUUAUUUCUCGAAAACUAGGAGGUUUUGUAGGUUGAGAUUUUCAGAUUAUGCUUCCGGUUUAUCAAGGAGUGUCAUGGUCAAUAUUCAGAAGAAUUCCAACCGCAAAGUAAAAUUACCUUCCUUGUGAGGAAAUGACCAAAAAUAAGCCUUUUUGCGAGUUGAAAAAUCAUAGAAAAAAGUAUGCAAUUGAAAAAAAACAGUCAUUUUCAAAAUAAAUAGGCAAUAAUUUAUUUUACAUACUUCUUUUUCUGUUCGUAUUUCGAAGAUUCGACCGAUUUCCAGGUGGACACGACAUCUACAACCUCGAUGCUGAGUUCGGACUCUGGCGUGGUCGCCGGCGGCAUCUCGAGCAGCAGCAGCGCGACGACGACGCCUCCCCGCAACGACACGACGACGUCCUCGUCGAGCACCACGUCUCCAGCCGCCGCGGCGUCGGAAAAGUCGACGGCGUCGCCGCCGUUCUUGAAGCUGACGGCGUCGCGAGCCGGCGUCCGUCAGCCAGAACUCCGAGGCGGAAGUCAUCGCAAGAAUCGCGAGAACAAGGAAAAGGCCCAGCAGACGCCGGAGAGGCGACACGAGCCCAAGUCUGAACCUCCUCCAGCUCCCGCCCCGCUGAUGGACGUCAAGGUUCCCGUGGUUCCCGAAUUGCAACAAGUCCCCCAGAUUGAGUGCUUGCCCAAUGGUUUGUAUUUUCAAGAUGGUUUAUGCUUCAAAGAAAUUCAAUAUUAAGCUCCAACAGAGAUGGGCAGACAUGCGCAACAAAUGCGAGAUUUUUGAUUUCUUAAAAACAUUUUUAAAAACUUGUGAAAAACACACUGAAAUCAACUUUUUAGCCGCUAGCUGUCGGAAAAAUACCGUCUUAAGCGAAAAAAAUACAUAAAUUUCACUGUUAAAACUGAAAAAUUGUGUUUACUUUUUGUACUGUGGAAACUUUCACUGCUUUCCGCAUUCCGCAAAAAUUUGAAUAUUCAUCCCUGAACUCCUUGUUGAAUUUGAUCGUUAACUUUACAAAAUCUUCGUUAUAUUUUUCACUCGUUGACUAAAAUUUCUAUUUUCUCGGAACCACUAUUUUUCCAGACACUAUCGACAUAAAACAUUGUCCUUUACUAUUUUUUUCCUCGCCCUCACAAAAAGCAGUGUUGGCGACAUUUUUCGUUCAACUUUUCGAAUACUUCCCAAAAUAACAAUGAAUUGGCAGAUGAUUCAUACGCAGAGCGACUGCGAAAAUGUCGGAAUUAGGUCACGCUUUUGUUUUUGCACUUUCUUGGGUCAUAAUUUUUGGCUUUUUCCUGGCUCUCCAAAAAUUUUUGAAAUGAGGGAUAGAAGAAUGUCGGUUUCUCGGCAAAUUGAAAAAUUACUAAUAUAAUAGAAUGAUGACAUAUUUUUAAUAGACUCUAUAGACAUAUGAAGGGUAAUGUUUACUCAAAAUCUGGUUGGCUUCCAUGGAAGAGAAGGAAAUAAGUUUUUGGGAAUCUAGUUCUAGUUUUUAGAGAGAGAUUUUUUAGCAAUUUUGUUUGGAAUAAUUCUUUUUGAAAAACCAUUUUUCAUAUAUUUUAUGAAAAAGAAGAACAGUGACAUGUAACAAGUAGUGAAAGUUGCAAAAUUUCAAAACGGAUUCGGUUAAAAAUUGAUUCGGCAGACAUAGAAGCUUUUUGAAUAGAUAUGGUUUGAACUGUCAGGAAAAUAUAUUGUUUGACUGAUGAAAAGCCAUCUUUAGUUGCCGACGGGAUGACCAGACCCGCAAAGUUGAAAAGGGAAAAAUGUAGAAAGAAAAAGGCUCUUUUGACAAUGUGUGACCGACUUCACAAGUCGCUGCGCGUUGCGUGUUCACCUCGAGACGACCUGUCUCAUCCGCAGCUCUGGUUAGCCUGACGAAAAUAGAGAAAAAGUUUUUGCUGUGAAAAUAUUUUUAACUAAACCUGAAACAGUCUCUUUGAAAUUUCGGUAUUAAGGCGAGAUCGUGAACAUUCCGGGAUCGAUGCUGACGGAUCAGUUCGGACUGGUGGCGCUGUCUCCCGUCUGCGCCAUUUCCUGCUGA